ACCAGUAGGCCAUUUCCAACCCCCAAUCCAAUGUUUUCAAACCAUUCCAUCACCCUCUCUCCACCAUCCUACAAGAAGGUAAAUCUCAAUCUCCCAAUUCAUUCCAAACACUAUUCUCAAUCUCCCAAAAUUCCAAUUUCUCUCGAUUUCCUCUUCCACCAAACGAACCCAAAAUCAAAAUAAAUAAAUAAAUAACGAAGAAGAGAGGAGAAGGAAAGAAACCCAAAAGCCAUGGGAUCUCUAGCAACCCAUUUCUCUGCAUUUCUUUUCCUCUUCCCAAUAGGAAUCCGCCGCCUCCUCUCCUCAUUCUCUCUCUAUCUCAAAUCCCCACAUCUCUUCAGAUCACAGCCAUGGCAUCUAUCCCAACCCGCAUGGAAAAACAUCGAUCUCUAUGUCCUUCUCAUCGCCCUCCCCAUAGCUGCCUUCUCCGAAUUCUUCUGGUUUAUCACCUUCUCUGGCCACCCCACCUACCGUUUUACCUUCUUCCUGCAAUCCUCCGUGCUUUUUCUCCUCUGGGUCGUCAUCAUUUCCGUAGUUCUUCACGUGAAUUUCGACUUCUUUGCCGUUCAGGAGAAUCUGUUGUUUCUCUUUGCCGGAAUCUCGUUCCUCAUCGAAUAUUCUAUAACGGAUCAGGGAUACACUGGCCUGGCGGGCCGCACGUAUGAGCUGUUGGGUGCCUUGACGCUCGUGUCCGCGGCUUCUUGCAUUGUCCUUUCUAUCAAACCGACAGCGUUCUUCGCCGAUGUGGUGCUGUCUAUGAGCCUCGUUUUUAAAGGUACAUGGGUUUUGCAAGCAGGGUUGUAUUUGUUCUCAGAUGCAAUUGCACCCAAAGGGUGUCAUAAGAUGCCACUGUUGCCAGUCGAUGGGAAAAGCGACUUGGAUUGUGUUCUCGAGGAGGAUCGGUUGAGGGGUGUGGCUUUAAUUGAUCUUUUGUUCAUUGUGCACGCAAUCAUGAUCUUUAUCUUGAAUUUCUUGUUGUUUGGGGUGUUGUCUUACAAGAGGAAUUUGAGGGCCAGUGGUGCUGGCAAUCUGUUGACAGCGGAGAUUGAAUCAGAGAGUAUGCUUAUGCGCUCGCUUCCAGAUUUUGAAAUAGAAAUAUCACAGGUCUGAGCAAAGCAGAACUGUUGCUCUUGCAUUUAUACUCAAUGAUCUUGGUAAUUCUUAUGGAAUGUUUGAAUCCAUCUAAAAUGAAAGUUUCUAUAUAAGGUCUUUUUCAAUGCUACUACAGUGCUUGAAAAGUCGCUGUUCUUGGUUUUGUUCAUGUGUUAACUGAAAUACGGGGAGUGACUGAACUUGUUUCCACAAACUCCAAAUCAAUGAUAACAUCUCUUGAAAAA